AUGGAUAUAUCACACAAUAAGCUUAGUGGAGAUAUACCAUCACAGGUCAUUGGUCUGUCCUCCUUCUCUCUCUUGCUCAACUUAUCACAAAACUCGCUAACUGGCAUUCUGCCUGCGGAAGUGGGUAAGCUGAAGAAUAUCAAGAUAUUGGACAUCUCUAAUAAUAAUUUGACCGGAGGAAUUCCAGAAAUUAUUGGAGGCUGUCUGAUCCUUGAAUUUCUUUACCUACAAGGGAACCACUUUCAAGGAAUCAUACCUUCUUCUUUGGCUGCUUUGAGAGGUCUUCAGUAUCUAGAUCUUUCACGAAACAAUUUGUCAGGAUAUAUUCCAAAAGACCUACAGAGGCUUCCAUUCUUGAAUUAUUUGAACCUUUCGUCCAAUAAUCUGGAGGUGAUCAUAUCUCUUUAUUGGAGGAGAAAAACUCAAAAGAAUAAACCGCUAUCUACAGUGUCAUCAAUCAAAUUCCUUCCAAAGGUUUCAUACCAGACACUUCAUCAAGCUACUGGCGGAUUCUCUCUGAGCAAUCAAAUUGGAUCAGGUGGUUUUGGCUCUGUAUACAAAGGGAUUAUUGAUCAAGAAGAAAACAAUGUUGUUGCCAUAAAGGUCCUCAACCUUCAAGAGAAAGGAGCUUCCAAGAGUUUUGUGGCAGAAUGCAAUGCACUGAGAAAUAUCCGGCACAGGAACCUUGUGAAGAUCUUAACAUGUUGCUCUAGCACAGAUUACAAUGGUAAUGACUUCAAAGCUCUAGUUUUUGAGAAUAUGUCAAAUGGAAGUUUAGAGGAGUGGCUACACAGAGAAAACCAAUCAAGGAGUUUGAACCUUCUUCAAAGACUGAAUAUUGUUGUUGAUGUGGCUUCUGCGUUGUGUUACCUUCAUGAUCAUUGUGAACCACAAGUCAUUCACUGUGACAUGAAGCCGAGCAAUGUUCUUCUUGAUGAUGACAUGGUUGCUCGUGUUGGUGAUUUUGGGUUAGCAAAACUCAUCUCAACGACCACGGACUCCUCUCAAAAUCAAAGUAACACGGUUGGAAUAAAGGAAACCAUUGGCUAUGCUGCUCCAGAUAAAUAG